AUGGGUCGCCCUCGCCUCUACAAUACACUGGAGGAAAAGCUCCAAGCUCGUCACGUCCAAUCUAAAAACUACUAUGAGCGAUCAACAAUCAGUAACCGCGCUCAGAUAUGCCGCCAGAUGCGUCGUAAAUACAAAAGGAAGGCUAGAAGAGAAACAGAAGUCAAGGAGCAAGAAAGUACUGAGUCCGAUGGGGUCAGGUACAAGGACCAGGAAAGUACUGGGUCCGACGACGUCAUGUAUGAUGAAAUCUCCAGAUCCUGCAUGAUCGAUCUGAACUUGGAAAGCAGACUCAACGAUCCCAUCAAGACCCUUAGCCAAGCCAAGAUCGCAUUUGAUGAAAAGACUCAGGGUGACAAGUACAAGUACAUAGACGACAUCGUGAAGGAAUGCAUCGCGAGUCCCAGUUCAGCGUUGGAGUUCUGCAAGGCGACAGCAAGCAUGUGGGUCGAUCUGGGAAAGUUCUACAAGAAUAUGGUUGUGGAAUUAUUCCUCACGCGGUAUCACUACACAAACUUCAACUACCUUCCACACCUUAAUCCAAUGGGCAAACACAGGAUUGGCCCCAAAAAGAUACAGCCUGUCACUUUCAAGGACGAUACAGCGUACAAGCAAAGGCAAAAGGCCUUGGCGCGGAAACCCGAGCCUGCCGCCGAAAUUGCAAGGGACUUGAAGAAAACUCAGGAUGACGUCCUGAAAGCGCUUCUUCCCAGCUAUUUCUUAGUGCGUGCUGCGGGACAGAGUGACAAAUUUUUUGAAAGGGCCAAUCUCGUAUGGUGCCUCAGAUUUCCGGAGCCUGAGGAGGAGAUAAGAGUGAAUAAGGAUUACAUGGACACCGAUUACGGGGCUUACAUUUUGAAAUUGCGGCAAAAGCUUGUCCGUAGCAAAGUCGGCUGGAUGUCGUUCCUCUUCCCAGAGCGGGCUGAUGCUGAGUCGCCUCCGAAACAUAGUUGGAAUGCCGAGUUAAAUUCUGCGAUCCAAAAAAUUAUGAACGGCCUUCCGACCCCGAUGAUCGGCCUCGAAGACAUUGAGAAAGCAAUAGCGGGACCGAGCUUGGGAGAGACCACGCAGGAGGAUACCUCGAGCGAGGGAGACUUCGACUUCAAUUUCCUGUAUUGUCCUGCUCACGACGACAAGCUUCACAUUGGUCACUCCCGCACUGUCCAAAUCUCUGAUAACGGCUUUCGUAUCCUCCAAACACCUCGUUCCCCUGUGAAAGUCUCCUCUGCUCAGAGUCGGCCCCUCGUAGAACAGGAAUUCGACGACUGGAACCCUUGCAUCGAGUAUGAAGAUUUCGGGGAGGAGUCACCCCUAAUAAAUGUCGAAGAAAAUGUUCAAGGCACCGUGGCUGCAAAAGUUGCAGCAAAACGGUACCCCACUUCGGAUGCUCCGUUGCAUGAGUGGGCUGGAAAGGAUCGGUGUGAUCCAGGCUAUAGGGAGGAAUAUCUGCUUGAAUUGCUUAGGCUUGAAGGGCGGGGGGGGGAACACUUCCAUGGGUGCAUGUCGUGCUCCUCCCCGGCUGGAAUCUACCGCUGUGAGGAUUGUCUGGGACCAUUGGCGGAGUGCUUGAACUGCACGCUCAAGCGCCAUCGACAGUUACCUCUCCACAUCAUCAAGAAAUGGGACGGAGCGUGUUUCGACAAAGUAUCGCUGAAAGACUUGGGCCUCAGAGUUCAGCUCGGCCACCCUGCCAGUUCUCGAUGUGUCGCGCCGCAACCUGGACACAAGGACUUUAUGGUCCUUCACACAAAUGGGUUGCACUACGUUGCCGUGGAUUUCUGCAAGUUAUCCGCUCACGAGUACUACAAGGCCAUGGAGUACCUGACUGACAAUACAGAGUUGAACGUUCCAAAGGACGAGGCAACAUUCAAGGAGGUCUCGUCGCCACUGGGGCCGGAGACCUUGCCCCUGACUGUCCCGCAUGUCCAGUCCCAGGUGUCAACCUGCCGGCCAACUGGAAGGAUGUUGACUCGAAGUGGAAAUAUAAGCAACUGUAGUGGUUUCAAAACGUUGGCUCACGCUGAGACCAAGUUCUCCACCGGGUUGUGUUCCACGGGCGUCGGAAUGGCUCUUUGUGCCCGCCAUGAGAUCGUUCGUGGAGGGGGGGUUGCAGACCUACAGAAAGGAGAAAGGUAUUGCAACAUGGAUUAUAUCCUGCUCUCGGCCCUCGCUCCACUCCUCAUCACAUCCGUUUUCGUAUCAUAUGAUAUCGCCUGUCAGUUCAAGUUAAAAUUUGAUGAAAGGGUCGACAAGCUGCCACCUGAAAUCCAGCUCCCUCCCAACGUCGAGUUUGAGUGGGGGAUACCCAAGUGCCACUGCCCUAUGCACAAGGUGUCGUGUCAAGCACUGCACUCAUUAAACUUCAAGAAUGGUGUGGGACGGACCGACGGUGAAGGUAUUGAGUGCAGCUGGUCGGAACUGAACCGUGUCACGAAUAGCACGAAAGAAAUGGGCCCAGGUUCUCGUCACGACACCCUUGACGACCAUAUCGGUCAUCAUAACUUUCGAAAAUACGUUGGACUCGGCCGAUCUUUACAUUCACGUUUGGUCCUUGCCACACCUGAGGAAAAAUGGCAACAAAAGAUAUUUGAAGACUUUUCGGCUUCCCUCACGCCUGAGGUUGAGAAGCAAUGGACUGACAUCAUUCUCCGGUGGGAAAAUGAUCCGAAGCAGAAGAAUCCUUAUGUAUCCAUCGUUACCUACGCAUCUCAAGACGAAGUGAAAAAACAACUCCUCAAGGAAGAAGCGAUCGCCCUGAAGGCGGGAGUACCUCAGUUACACGACACCAGUCGGACGGGGUUCAUAACGCUAGGAUUACUGGUUGAGGAGAAUCAGCGGUGCAUUUGCUGGGACGCGAGGAAGCCAAAUCAGCUAACAACAAAUCAGGACAACGAAAUCCAGCACCGCCGACUUCUACUCCUACGGCAACUGAAGCACUUCCGGAAUCUUCAAGUGAUUUAUAUGCCCAUGGUGACAUCGGUGCAAGCACAGAACGAGGAGUCCUGGCUCGAGCAACAGUCGACGAAUCAGUCAUCCCAAAUCGGCGACUCGCUCACCGAUGUCGAGCACCAAGUUCUAUGGCUGCCCUCAACCCUGCCCGAGAAUCAUCGUAAGCACAGUUGCGACGCGACGCUUAUCGACAUUGAGAUCAGGCUGCGGCGGGCACAGUGCGAAGAUACGCUUGACAAAAUCCGCAGCCUUCAACGUGGUCGCCUGUCCUUCAUCAGCUUCCGUAACCGCAACAUCUGUAAUCAGAACCCCAACACCAGAGCUCAAGACACAAUCAGCUGCUUGGAGGACAAGUCAAAGGCUCUCGCAGUGAAGUACAGAGCGGCACGCAAAGCGCUUUUGGCCCUGCUGGGUCCGGGUGAUUGGGAGACCCACCUUCAAGAACUCAAGGACGGCGAUCUAACAACGCCAGACGGGCACGAGAUUAGCAUAGAAGAUCCAGACAACCCGUUCGGACCUGAUGGACGCAAGUUGUCAAAAAGAAAGCGGGCGGACAUCAAGAAAGGAUUGGGACAAGGGAAAAAAAUUGUAUCGUGGAUAUGGACAACCCCACAGGGAGUCGGGGAUGAAAGUGAUGAGGUUCUACAUGAAGCUGUUCGUGUUGAGUGGGCAAAAGCACGCGCAAGGCACCUGAGGUGGUGGGAAGAAGCUCACUUGUUGAGGGAGGAAAUGCGACGCGUCCAAAAGACAUUGGAAUGGAGAGCCGCCUGGUGGGAGGAUCUACGGAAAGGGUGGGAAGGGCUGGACGAGGCGAUGAUGGAGGGGGUGAAUGCAUAUGCGAGCCAUCAAGCUAAUAUGCAGCAUAUGCUGCGCACUCGAUUCAGUCGGUUGUGGGACAAGCCAAUGGUGCUGAUCGUUAGGCAGGAAGAUAGCGGAGAGGGUCCGUAUGCUUCCGUUGAUCCCAUACUCGAGGAGCUGGUGGAGGACGAUGAUGAGUAG